AUGCUGAGUACAAAACUUCAGGUAAUUUCGAAACGGGCAUUACAUUUAUCAUCGAAAGUGCUUGCUGCUAAGCCAAAAGACCCAACUGCCAUUAACCCAUCAGAAGCAUCCCAUUUUUCAGAUUUAGCCUCUUCUUGGUGGGAUGAAACCGGAUCCCAACGAAUUCUUCAUAAAAUGAAUCUUCUCCGAAUGGAUUUCAUUAACAAAACGAUUAAAACGAGUAUUCCAUUGAACAAAGACAUUACAGACCCUGAAAAGAUGGUUUUUAUUCCAGGAUGGAGUUUCAACAAUCUACUUCCGGAUGACGUAUCAUCAGCUAUACAGAAGGAAAUUGACGAUUCCGUGCGGUUGAAUAGUCAAAAGCUACAAUUGAAAUGUUUGGAUGUUGGCUGUGGAGGAGGAAUAUUAAGUGAAUGCUUGGCUAGAUUACCCAUGGUUUCUUCUGUUAAAGGAAUUGACAUGACGAAAAAUGUUAUUAAGGUAGCAAAAAAGCACAUGAAGCUGGAUCCGUCACUUGAGAACAAGCUUGAGUAUAAAAUGAUGUCCCUUGAACAUAUUCCAAAGACCGAAAUGUUUGAUGUAGUGACGAUGAUGGAGUUACUCGAGCAUGUGGACUAUCCUGCAACAGUUUUAAAGCAAGCACUAUCACAUGUUGCACCAGGCGGAUAUCUAUUUCUCUCAACGAUAAAUCGAGACCUUAUAUCUUGGUUUACUACCAUCUUUAUGGGUGAGCACAUACUAAACAUUGUUCCCGUUGGCACGCACACAUACUCAAAAUAUAUAAAGCAAAGUGAAAUCAAGGGAUUCAUGGAUCAGUUGAAGGACAAAUUCAAAGUUGUUGAUGUUAAGGGAUGCGCAUAUUUCCCUGCAGUUGGUUGGUUCUUCACUGGUGUCCAAAAUAUGGGUAAUUAUAUGAUGGCAAUAAGAAGAAUCAAGUAA